AACAGUCCACUGUGUCACACAUGGCCACCCUCUGACAGUCAGCAAAACUCCUGAGAAACUACGUAAUCCAGGUCAUAUGAACAGACUGUGUUAUCUAAAGACUUUUGCUACAUUCAGCUGGGUCAAGUGUCUCGUCUUUUUCACUGGAAGUAUUUUUAGUAUAAAAGCAAGUCUUCAUUGCAUUCACCUUGGUGUUGCGUGUAAUCUCUUCAUUGCUAUGAGACACAGUCAAGGAGUCCUCAAGAUGUACAAAGCCGAAGGAAAGGGAGGAUUCUGAGCCAUUUGUAUCAAACUUCAUCACAAGACCCUGUGUCUGCUCAGGACCAGCGAUUAUCCCAAGUCACCAUGGCUAGCAUUCCUAAACAGUGGGUGAUGAAACCUUUGUCACCUAAAUUAGAGAAGUCUGACUUAAGGACCUUGUCAAGCCCUGGCAGUGAACCAUAUUCCUUAGAGAAGAGCUGGAGUCUCAACCAGAAUGGUGAUUCCUAUUUAUUCAGCUUUGAUAACAUCUCAGUGACCCAGUCCUCUGUGAGAGUCGUGAAUGGAAAGGGUUUCGAGGAUGCUGUCAGCACCAAGCAAGUGACUGUGUCUGAAGACAGCAGUACCAGUGGGGAAUGGCAGCCUAGUACGCCCAACAGCCUCAGUUCUGCAAGCAGUACAGACUCCCACAUGGGUUUCUACUCCUUUGUGGAUGACCCAACAAGCCCAGAAGCUGAGAAGAAUGAAGUUUACAUGAUCUCACCUCAGAGACAGGCCAAACUAUCAACUCUAAAAGAGAAGAGUAGCUUUAAGCUGCAGACUUAUAUGCAGGAGAGAAAACCUCAGAAGCUGUUCCAAGAGAAUAAUGGUGAUUACCAGUACCAUGUUGGUGACACAUCAGGAAUGGACAAUGAUGAAGAGAAACCAGAUCGAAUGGAGAUCAUCCGGAGUCAGGCACCCAAAAAGAGUGGUGUCUUCAAAGAGAGUGCCUUGGACAAGCUGGAUCUUACUCACUCCACCCAGCAGCUGGUUGAGGGAUUUAGUCUUUGCUAUAGUCCUGUGAGCACAAAGUCUCUGCAGUCUGAAGCAGAGCCUGGCACCAUUGACAACCAGCAGAUUGACUUCAAUGCAGCACGCAAACAGUUCCAAAUGAUGGAGUGCACAAAGCAAAACCCCUUCUGGAAGAGUUCUCAACAAACGUCACUGUCACCAAAACUAAAGGAACGAUCAUUGUCUGUAGGAGGUAAACCUUUAACAAAGCACAUUCGCAAAACUGAGAUCCUAAAAGAUGACUCUUGGAAGAGACAAGAGGAUGAGACAAGGUCCAUCAAAGUAGAUCUCGAAGAUAGGAUUCAAACUAGCUUGAUAGAUAAUGUAGACUUGGGACUUGACAAUCAAGGUGUGGGCUCCACAAGUUUUGGAAGUGUAUCCACUGAGCCAUCCAUGUUAGAGAUCACAACUGUGACUAGCAUGAGUGAAACACCCAUUGAGCGAGAGAUCCGAAUAGCUCAGGAACGAGAGCAAGACCUCAGGCGUUCACGAGGUAUAUUUCUCCCAGACACAUCAGAGAUGGUUGAGAUCAAGACCAAACCUAUUCUGUCCCUACCAACACCACAAAUAAAGCCUAUCAAAGUCAAAGAUUCCAAUAGAAUGAGUUUACUAAUACAACGUGAGAUGGAAAGGGUUAAUCAGAACCCAGGCCUUUAUGACAGAGGAAGUAUACAUAAUCUAGAUGAGAGGAAGAGACCUUUUUUGUCACUAUCAGACCAACUAGACAUUAUAUCUUCGAGUACAAGCCCAAGCAUAAAUCCCACUGACAGAUCUAUUAUUACAGAGGAUGCAUCAAUUACAGAGAACCCUGUGGAAGUAGAUCAUGUAUUUAUCUCUGAGGAGCCUCUCUCAAGCUGUUGCCCUCAUCGACAUGCAGAUGACACAAUGAUUUGGAAGGAAAGUACUGCAAAAAUUCCAGACAGAACAUCUGGAAUGAGUUCAUACACCAAGGAUUGGGAUGACAAAGAAAACAAUAAAGCCAAAACUGCAAACCAACCAUUUUGGAUGGCAGAUUAUAAGCCAAAAGUGUCACGGAGAACCUUUACUGCGACGUCUCCUAUUUCCUUUCAACCUGAACCUGUAAGAAGCAGUAGAUCUACAGAAGCUUGGAGAUCUUUUUCUGAGAGCUCAAGUGAGUGGCCCCGCAUGUUAAAUGCCCCAGAUAUAAUCCGCAGAGAGAUCGAGGAGAACCUCAGACGAGAGCAGGAGCUUCAAGAACUAAGAGAAACAAGCAAUCUAUCAGGUGCCUCAGAACCCACAUUGUCAUCUUUCAUCACCUCAGAUAAGGUGUCUGGGCAAAGUAAUAGUGAUCAAACUCCAAUAAACAGUUCUUAUGACAAUUUAGUGGAGGUAGAAGCGCCACAAAAAUCUACACAGAGGACCAGUUCCAGUUCCUCCUAUUCCUGGAAUGUGGAUCCCACCCCUGGGACCUGGACGUCAGUGCCAGCCCCCCGUUCAAGACUUUCCUCCAUCAUGACAGCCCAACCUUGGAGCGCCCCAAAGCACACAACCUCUACAGUUCAUAAGGCAGUUUCUUCUCUUCCUUCUAGUCCAUUACCUGAAACCUCCUCCCAAAAGGGUCUGACAAAGACAUUGCUGGAUGACUUUGAGGAAAGACGAGUCAGACUGAAGCUUGAGGAGAGUUCUUAUGCUGGGAUUCUGCCUGUUGAUAACAUUAACAAUGAGGUUGUAGAAGUGACUCGUGUAAUACGGCACAAAAACACAAGAGCUCUACGUUGGGAAGCGGGUGUGUAUGCCAAUGAAGAAGACAACUGAGUCUGGGCAUGCUGUGCAAGUGGAAAACAUGCAAGCUUUAUACUAAUGUUCGUAGCAAUGAUCUCCAGACUUGAUUAACUGGAUAGGCUGGAUUUAACUGACACCUUGUACUUACAUUGGCACCACCCUUUGGUGGCGCUUAGCUAUAGACGCAACAUGAAUUAUGAAGGCCAUCAGGAGAUACAGAAAACUACGUCAUGGGAUGGAUCAUGAUUAAAGAACAAUGGUCAUUAUUUCAUGAUUUAAGUGUUCUUGGAUGGAAACAUGGUUUCUCAAAACUUCAGAACUUUUUUUUUUACUGAAUAUCUAACAAUCAUUGCCUGAUGUUAGUCAGAGUUGUAUAAAAUUCCAUAGUUUGAGAAACUUGCCAAUAAAUGUCAACUAAUUAUUCAGUAUUACCAGCAAAAAUAAGGAAAAAAAGACGUUGAAAACCUGUACCAAAUUUUAAAAACAACAACUUGUAAUCAUAAGUGAAAACAUGAAAAUCUCUAACAGUUGUCUGGAUCUUAAAAUAGUCAUGUUAUAUUUUUAAAUGAUAAGGAACUUGCACUUAUUAUUUUCUUCUUCUUCUUAAGUAAAUUUACUUUGUGAUCUUAAGUAUGUUUCUUACUUGCAAAUAGAAAUCCCAGUUUUAGCCACAAUGACUGAUUCAUGCAAUAUUAAUAAUAUCAAUCCCCAAAAUGAAUCAAAUAGAAAGCACAUAGAGUUUUCAACUAACACUGAACAGAACAAGCUCUUCAGCAGGACACGGGUGGAAUAAUUGACCAUCCAGCAGUUCUUGACUUGGCUGUCGAAAGACUGACCUCAGGUCAUGUUCUGCGAGGCUGAAGCAAGCCCUUUCAGCACUUUAUCCUGUGUUUAGUACCAGUAGAUUCAUUUAUAACCUACAACAAAGGAUGCAAAGGGCACAUGCACUGGUAUAACUGAACAGUAGAGGGAGGCAGUACUGAAUUCAGUAAGGUUCAAAUCCUUUUGUGUUUUCACCCAUUCAAUGAUCUUCAGUGAGGAUAAUAAUGGCGAACAUGAAACAGUGUAAAUAACAAGUGGAGACAGAAUUAGUCAUUUGAAAAAUGGUUGCAAUUUUAAACAAGUUGCUAGAGGAUUUAUUUAUAUCCUUAAUCAUAACAGAUGUCUCUUUCUAACCAAAAUGGAUAUGUGAACCAUUUCAGAAUCUACAUGAAUAUGCUAAUUUGUACAUUAAUGUGAUAUUUGUAUUUGAUGAGUUGGAAUAAAAUAAAAUGA